CACCCUCAGCGAAACUGCGGAUAAUUUUUGGGGAGGAUGAUGUCCACAAACUACUUUUACCUGCAGGCAUCCCAAGCACACUUCAGGACCUCAAUGAUGUUCUUCGAGAGACAUUUGAUAUUACAGGACCAUUCACUGUUAUGUACCAGGACAUGGAUUUCGACGGUCAGUUCUUAACUUUGACCUCGAUUGAGGAAGUACAAGAUAAAGCUAACCUCAAAGUAGUAAAAACUGAACCAGUAAUCUUGAGUCUCACUACUGUGGACAUGUCAGAAGUCGAAUCUCCAGUUCCACUAUCUACAGAAGCAAGCUCCUCCUCAUCUGUAUGCGACACAAUCCUGUUGUCCUCCCCAGAUGAGAGUGGACCAUCCUACAGGUCUAAGCCAUGGCCAUUUAAGUUUGAAAUACCAGACUUCUCUUAUGAUAUAGACCUUGCACUGGAAGCAGGAAAGCAAGCUUAUGAAAAUGAUGGCACACUUUUGAACAACCCAAGCGUAACUAGUAGCAUUCUUGAGAAGCUUGCAGAGACUAUAUUUGGCUUCACAGCAUAUCCAACUGGUGUCCAGAUUUUAGCUGUUGCUGAAGCCUUGGUAGCAAAAUACCCAUGCCUCAAAGAGCCAGGGUCUUUUAAUGGCCUAAAUGGUUGGCAACGGAGGAUAAAGUAUAAAAUGGGCAACUACAGGGCAAAGUUAAGAGGUCGCCAAUUAGCCAUUCCAGAGCUCGAGGUGAACACACUGAAGAGACGAUGCUCCAGUGAAGAGGGUUCACUUAAAGGCUUUAAAAGGGCAAAAAAAGCUGAAGUCAACUAUCUGCCACCACUGCCAUUCGGUGAGACUGAGGAAACCUUAGAGAUGGAGAGACUAGAUUUGCUGGAGGAAAUGAAGAAGAAGCACAAUGAGAGGGCAAUUAAUGAGAAAAUGGAGAAGUCUUUCGCUAUGAGAAGAAAAGAGGUUGUCAAGGAUUGCCCCGCAAUCCAAGACCUCUUAGAGAGGUGGCCUUCUCUGUUCUGUGAAAAUCAGAUCAAAGAGGAGUUUAAGCGAAUAACCACAAUUCAUCUGGAGCGAACGUUUUUGUCCAAAUUGGAAC